UUUUAAUAUUCAAUAUGGAUGUGCCUCAAGACGCCGAGUUUAGUCCUGUCAGCUUUCACCAGGGCAGUAGGCCCGACAGGAACCCCAGGCUUUGCAAACUCUCCCUGCCGGAGUUGAGUGGAAAGGCUUCCCCCUACAUCAAGAAUCUUUUCGCUUCACCAACUGUUCUGUCCCCUGUGACUAAUCUGGCUCUAAAUAUGACCAACCUUGCAGUCCUCGGAAGUCAAUGUGAAACCCCCAAACGGAAGAAGAAAAUCCCGCUUUUAAAGAUACCUUCCUAUGCCUCUGACGCCUCAUCAGAUGCCGGUCUUGGAAUGGAUUCUCCUGGACCAAUAGAUACAACGGACGUUGACCAGACGUUUGAAAGUGCCAUUCAGAGGUCGGAAGCACAAGGCAAUGACAGAAAGGCACCCAUAAGAAGAAUACAUUCCCUUCCGACUCGGUUGUUGGGAUUGAGUCCCACUUUAAAGAAAAAGGAUUCAGACCCUCAACACUUCGGCAUCUUCAGUCAGACUCAUUCCACUGGCAACAAAGAAAACAUACAGGAUGGCUCUGUGUUUAAGAAGCCCUCGCUCCCAGUGUCACGCUCUCGCCUCCGAUCCAGCCCCAACAUAGAUGCUUUUGCUAAGCGACCCAAUUCUGCUCCUGCACUUAUGCUCUCUCCCCCCUCCUCUAAUCACUUCGCAUCACUGGAUGACAGCAGUCCCCUCUACCUACGACAUUCCUCACUCACCAGCAGUCUCCUUGACGACGACGAUGAAGACGAUGGCUUCCUCGACGUCCUGGAUGACAUGGAGAAUGAGUCCGACGUUCCAGCGGGCAUGGCCAGCCUCCUCACGGCUCCCCUGGUGACAAACAGACGACCCACAGAGGAAAUUAACCUGUCAGGCUUUCGCUGUCGUCCACGGGGGCUCUUCCGCUCUCCCUCCAUGCCCAACCCUCAGGGGCGGUCCCAGCUAAAGAGGCAGGAGCGUGGGGAUGACAACACACCAAUCAGGGUAAAGAGGAGGCGGAGUCUAGCAGGCACACACUUCUCUGACGAAGAGGAGCAGGACAGUCCCCAACCGAUGGCAUGUGCUCUGGUUCAGAGGUCAAAGUCAUGCUGUCAGACUGAGAUUGAGAAGCUGCUGGACAGCGACACCAACAACUUCAUCGGAGACUUCACCAAGCCCUUUGCCUUGCCAACUGUAGAUGGAAAACACCAGGACCUGAAGUACAUUACCCCUGACACGAUGGUAGCAACACUCAAUGGGAGAUUUGAUGACCUGGUGGAGCGCCUGAUUGUCAUUGACUGUCGGUACCCAUACGAGUUUGAGGGAGGCCACAUCAAGUGUGCGUUAAACCUGCACCAGGAGGACCAGAUUGAGGACUUCCUGUUGAAGACGGCCAUCAUCCCGGCAUGCCAGGGGAAGCGCGUGGUUCUAGUGUUCCACUGCGAAUUCUCUUCGGAACGUGGGCCCCGCAUGGCACGCUUUGUGCGUGAGCGUGACCGGGCCCUCAACGAGUACCCUCACCUCCACUACCCUGAGCUCUACAUCCUCAAGGGAGGCUACAAGGAGUUCUUCCCCCUCCACGAGUUGGUGUGUGAGCCGCAGGCAUACCGCCCAAUGCACCACGAGGAGUUUAGGGAGGAUCUCAGAAAGUUCCGGCUCAGGAGUCGGACAUGGGCUGGGGAGCGUAGCAAACGAGACCUUUACAGCCGCCUGAAAAAGCUCUGAAACACACUCACACUCAACCUCAACCAGAUCACUGCCAUUUUAACAACAUUCUACUUCAGUGCACAUUUGUGCAUCCUCCUUGACACACUCACUCACACACUCUCAAACUGUACUCAACACACACAUAUGUACCAACUCGUAUACCACUUAAACAUAUCUGAAUACAAGUUCAUACAUGUGUGUAAGCUCAGGUCUUAAAUUUCCCUUUUUAAAUGAAGCACUUAUGGUAAUACGUUUUGGAUUGAGUUAAAGUGCUGAUGUCAAUUUGAGGUUUUGUGUUCUGAAAUGUUUUCCCUUUUAUUCCCUGUUUUUAUAAUUUGGGAUUUCUUUCUGCCACUGAGAUGUAAUAUCCAUAGUCAGUGUGCAUGUGUGCUCUACACUAAUGUCUUUCAAAAAGUUUUGUUAAGGAUUCUCUUCAGUUUCUGUGUGUGCUCACUCGUGUCAUGGAGAUUUAGUGUGUAGGUUAUUCAGAUUAUUUCUACGAUCUAUUAGAAUUAUUUAUUCAGCAGGGUCUAGCUCUACCUGAAAUAUUUAUCAUAUAAGUUAUUCAUGCUCCUAUUUUCCUCCUAGAAGGCUGACGCCAUGUGUACACACACAUUCUCUCUAGCUCUCUGUCUGUCUCUCGCUCUGUCUGUCGCUCUCACACACACACACACAGAGGGUGGCAGAGGAUCCUUACAAGCUGUUAACCACUCCCCCCUCCCCCUGCUUUUGCACUGAUUGGGAUUUGUGUUGUGAACUUUGUUGUACUAACCUGUUCCUUACCCGUUACUGGAAAACUUGAAUGUUUUAGGGGAGUGGGGGGGGGGGUGGCGGUGUAAGUGACUGACUGAGUAUUCCGAAGAAGUAUCGAGUGGAAUGCUGCAGGACAGCCUUUAAUGUCACGUUUGAAAUUUAGUUUUUGAUGUUUGUGACGUGUGGUUGUUUUUUGCUCUCUCGCUCCCUCCCCCUUGAUUCUUCCAGUAGAUUUUGUGUGUUGUGAGGAUUUUGUAAUUACAUUGUGAAUAUCGCUCUACAUUUGGAUGUGAAUAUGUACAAAUGUACUUAAGUGUGAAGGUCUAGCGUGUGUGUGUGUGUGUGUAUAUAUCUUUAAUGUGUGCGUGUGAAUACUGGGCUGGAGGAGAUGCAGUAUGGGGAGAAUAAACAUCUGGACUGAA